AUGUCCUUCCGCCAUGCUCUCGAUAGUGCUUUCGAGAAAGGGAAAGCAAAGCUGAAUGAAUUCCAGGCCAACAACAACCGUCCACCAGUACCAGCCCGCCCGCAUUCCAACCAACCUCCUCCCGUUCCAACCUCCAGCAAACCCGGGUCCUCCGCACCAGCUGCUGCAUACUGGCAACCGAACCUCCACGCUAGCAGAGCUGUAACAGAAGACUUCCGUCACGAAUUGGGCGACCAUGGCUGGGGGAAUAACGAGUCCCAGAACUACACGAACAACCCCGCAAACAGCUUCUACACCCCGGACGGCAAGCUUGUUGUUCGUGCAAUCGCGGACUCAACUCAACAACAGCGCUAUACCAGCGCGCGCUUGACAUCGCACCAGACUCUCUCUCGCCCUCGAGGCUUUCUAUCCGUGUCAAUCCAGGCCCCAUGUGCGUCUGGAAUCUGGCCUGCGUUCUGGUUGCUACCCGCCGAUCCAUUUGUAUGGCCCACAGACGGUGAGGUCGAUAUAUUCGAGUCCUGGAAUGGGGACCUCGUAAACCAUAGCUGCCUGCACUGGGGCUUCUUCAAUGGCGAGGACUGGAACAAGCAUCGAGUCGUAGAGACGCAUGUCCCAUCUAUGCCACACAGCGUUCAUACAUUUGGAUUUGCUUGGAACCAGGACACUGGGAAGCUGCUGUGGUAUAUUGACGGUGCGCCGGUCAUGAAGGCGAAUAUACCACCGGGCACGCGGCCGAUGGCGGAUUUCCGCAUUAUCAUCAACGUUGCUAUGGGCGGGAAUGUGUGCGGCGGGAAGCUACCUGAUAAUGGUUGGUACGAUCUUGUCCUGAGUGAUCUGAAAAUGGUAGAUGACCCUGCUGGUGGUUGGGAUCGAUUUGAGCAUGAGUGGAAUCAGACAAAAGAAGGGAGGGCUGGAUGA